UGGCUCUCUAGCUGGAGUGGCCUUAGAAUCUGUAUUAGUAUUAAUGGACGCAUAGUCAUACAGUGGUCGACCACUGCGCAUGUCCAUUAAUAGAUUUGUUACAACGUCGUUUAGGGGCCUAGCUGAUUUGUAGGCAUCCUGGUAGAAAGACAAAAGUUACACACAGUUGUAAACAGGUACAAACGAAGAAGAGAGACCAAAUUACAAGCUGUUGGUUUUGUCGAAAGUACAUGUGCCUGGUUCCCAGGAGUUUCUGUUCGUGCUGCGAUUCGGCUGGAAUAUUACAAAGGAUAUUCAAAAGAGGAUACAAGCAUGCGCUGGUACAGAGCUGUACUAGGUUCUUUGGUGCUGAUUUUUACCUCAGCCGUACAGAACUCACAUGGUUCGUUGUCUGGGAAAGAAAGCAUGAAUACUUCAUUACAAGCCAACCCAGAACACUGUCAUACUCGUGCUUCUUGCAAUUCCUCUGACGCUGAAAGAAACUGUUACUGUGACGAAGUUUGCAUUCUCUACGAAGACUGUUGUAAAGAUUUUCAUCCCGCGGAACUUACAAAUAACAACCUGACAAAGAAAUAUAUGUUACAGUUAGCCAGGGAAAUCAAAGGACUCUUUGAAUGUAUGACAUUGUCUACCAAAUCUUCCGGUUACGUCAUAUCAAAAUGCCCACAGAAAUGGAGCGGACCCAACGAAAUAAAAAUCAACUGCGAACAUAAUUUCAACAAAACAAAAUCCUUUGAUCAAUUCAUGGAAACUCCAGUGGUUGGUAAAAGGACUGGCCUUGUAUUUAGAAAUGUUUUCUGCAGUAUAUGUCACGAAGUAGACGAUAUCGCUUAUUACUCUGUAAAAUUUGGCUGCUCAGUUCCGCAAAGUUCAACGCACCCCAUGGGCCCACCAGGAAGACGACCCAAUUUCCAGCCACCGGCAGGAGUUCCUCUAGAUUCUAUGGACGUCAAUGUCAGUCACGUUUUCAAUGAAUGUAGUCGAACAUAUAAGUAUAAAGGAACCCAUCUGAACAGAAAAACGUGUGUGAAAUAUAUUUCUACCUGCUCUGACAAAAGCAGCCAAUACAGAAAGUUAUGUGAGGACACCCCUUAUGUAUCGUUUGUAUACCAUAACGAAACGCACGAAACAUACAAGAACAGAUUCUGCGCCAUGUGCAAUGGCAUUGAGGAAAGACGGCUGAAUUGUAUUAAAAAGGAAAAUGCAACAUCCAGUCUUCCUAUGUAUUCUUAUAGUGUGUUAUUUGACCUAAAUACGGCAACUCUUGAACUGAAAACCAUAUAUUCACCGUACCCAAGUACUGCUGAAUAUCAGAAAUGCCCCCAUGGUCAGACGAUAGAAUUCGGUACAAACUCGUGUCGUACUUUAAUGUGUGAGCAAGACAAAGUGCUAAAGGGAAACAAAUGCGUUCAGGUCUCUGACACCUUCCUUAACCGCUCAUAUAACAGUUCUAUAGAGAAAGAGUUACUUUGUCCACAUUUAAACUAUUCAACAUUCGUGCUCUUCCCAAAUGGCGAACUGUACAUCAAUAAAACUGGACAGUAUUUUACUUCAGAUGAUUACCGGAGAGUUGAUGAGAAUAGCGUUUUGGUGUGUGUUAGUACGUAUGGAAAUCAAACAGAAGAUGUCGUGCAGUUUAAUUUUUCAGCAAUCCAGACUUAUCUUUCGUCCAUUGGUUUAAUCAUAUCUUCCAUUUGUCUUUCUAUUCACUUUGUAAUAUACAUGAUGCUCCCCUCACUGCGCAACAGACCGGGCAAAAUUCUACUGCAUUAUGUUGCUUCGCUAUUUGGAGCACAGAUACUGUUCUUGAUAAGUCCAAGAUUGGGGAGUAUUACACACGCUUGCUACAUUUUCUCAGUCCUGCUUCACUUUAUGUACCUAGUUGCUUUUCUGUGGAUGAAUAUUAUGUCAUUUGAUAUUUGUCACACUUUCUCCAAUCCGACACAAGUGUCGUCCUCGCAGAGAUGCUCCAAGACAUUUAUUAUCUAUCACUUUUACGUGUGGUUUUUUGCUUUUACAAUCAUAACAAUUGCACUCGUGGUGGAUUUUUCUGAUGAUGUCCCAAUAACAUAUAAACCUGGAUACGGCAAUUAUGGUCUAUGCUGGUUAACGCAGAAGUAUGGAUUGCUUAUAUUCUUUAUUGGGCCUGUAUCUGCAAUCCUCUUAGCAAAUUUAAUCUUAUUUGCCAUAUCAGCCUACAACAUUACCAAGGUUUCGAACGACACAAACAGAAUAGCUCUUUUGAACAAAUCUUCUGAAAAGCGAAAUCUGCUGUUGUUUGUUAAACUCUCUGUAGUGAUGGGCAUUACUUGGAUAACUGGUUUUGUUGCCAUGGCAACUAACCGAUCGGAACUUUGGUUUUUGUUCAUAUUCCUGAACACAUGGCUCGGUGUAUUCCUCUUCUUAGUUUAUAUAUGCAAUAAAAACGUGUUUCAGCUGUUAAGGAAAAAAUUCGGAUGUCACACCAAGAAAAAUUUAAGGAAUAGUAAAAGCAACAGUUCAGCUGUUUCUUCCAUGCGAAAUCGAACAUCUACGACGGAAUUGUCAAUAGUGCGUUUAAAUACGCGAUUGUAAACACAUAGGAAGCGUCCGAGACCAAUUAUUUUCAUGAAAGAUAAUGGGUAAUUCCACUUUUUGGCAAUUUUGGAUAAUGAUAAAACCCAUUUGGUGUUUAGUAAACAACUUAGCUGUAUCUUACAGGCGUUAUACAUUGAAGCAGUGAAAAAAAUAAUAAAAUACUAUGAGCUUAAAGAGGGCAGGAAAGAACACGUUUUUAUUGUUAGCUAGUUAACAUUCUUAAUGGACGUAAUGAAAAAUAUACAAGUCGAGUAAAAUUUGAAAAUACAAGAAUAUCAGGUUUCAUAUCCUUGGUUUAUUUUAAUAGCGUUUUCUAACCGGUAGGUGCACCUUACGUAAUUUUGUUACGUAAAAUAGAACAAUGCAGAUGAACAAUCAUUGGCAUUUAAAACGCUUUUUCAAUGUUAGAUAUUGUGUGUAUUAUGUUUGAUGGCAUAUGAUUCUCCAACCCUAUCUGUCUCGUUAUUAAAAUAAUGAGACAUUUGAAUCCGUUUUCUAGUAUGUAUAUAUGUGAUCAAUGAAUUUACUCGUAGCAUAAAUGGUUUUACCGGAUGUGUCCAAGUCAAAUUUGUAAUGUAUGAGUUUAUUAAGUAAUUCAUUCAGAGAAGGAAAUUUGCGGAUUUUGGGUCACUUAUUUAUCUAAUAAUGUAAUGCGCACUGUGUAACCUUCACUUUUGAUUGUUAUUACUUGUAAGCUACAUGCAUGUGUGGCACAAAGUAGUUAAAUGAAGUCCUUUUUUACAUACAUGUAUAUCUUACUUUCUAUGUAAUCAUGAGUUACACUGUAAAAACAUACAAUGAAGUAUAAAGUAAAACACACCCGGGUCCCAAUUUACGGUAUUGGUGAGACGCAUAAAAUUACAAGACAAGUACAUAUUUAUUAUUAAUCAUUAUUUAUCUUAUUUAUGUCAGUGUAAAGAAUUCUCUAUUAUUUAAAAUAAUG